AAACUACAAGCCUGAACGCCUCAACGCAGCAACAGCCACUGAGGCCUAGCCAUCCCCGCCGGGAGCCCGCCUUUCCCCUCCCGCGGCUCCUCCCCUUCGGGCCCGACAGAGCCAGCGAACCUCCAGGAGCGGCUUCGGAUUCUCCCCUUCCCGGCAGUACUGCAUCCGGUCUUCAUUUACCUGUAUUCCAGUUACAUACAACUAAAUAUAUCAUGCAGUUCAGCCAAGAAGACUUUGAAAAGGCCAAAGAUCAGCUGAAACUCUUGGAGGAUGACCCUGGAAAUGAAGUAAAGCUGAAGCUUUAUGCAUUGUAUAAACAGGCUACUGAAGGUCCAUGUAAAACUCCAAAGCCAGGUAUGUUGGACUUUGUCAAGAAGGCCAAAUGGGAUGCAUGGAGUUCUCUUGGCUCUUUGCCACAGGACAGUGCCAGACAGAAAUAUAUUGAACUCGUAUCCAGUUUGGUUUCUGCAGACUCAUCUAUGGCUUCUGGUAGCAAAUCUGACUAUCAAACACUACAGGUUACUACCAAAGACAACAUCACAAAGAUUGUGUUAAAUCGUCCUAAGAAGAAAAAUGCUAUCAGCACAAAGAUGUACAAUGAGAUCAUUGAAGCGCUUGAGGAGGCAGCAAAAGAUGACUCUGUUAUCACAGUUGUGACAGGUAAUGGAGAUUUCUACAGUAGUGGAAAUGACAUGAACAACUAUAUCAACAUCUCACCAGAUGAUGUAGAGAAGAAAGCAAAGGAGAGUGCAAAGAUGCUGAAAUCUUUUGUCGGCAGUUUUAUUGAUUUUCCUAAGCCAUUGAUUGCCGUUGUGAAUGGACCAGCUGUUGGGAUCGCUGUGACUCUCCUUGGACUGUUUGACAUUGUUUAUGCUACUGACAGAGCGACAUUUCACACACCUUUUAGCAGCCUGGGUCUGAGUCCAGAAGGAUGUUCCUCUUACACAUUUCCCAAAAUUAUGGGAUUGGCCAAGGCCACUGAAAUGCUGAUUUUCAACAGGAAGUUGACUGCAGCAGAAGCUUGUUCUCAGGGGCUUGUGACAGAGGUUUUCCCUGACAAUACUUUCCAGAAAGAAGUCUGGGCAAGACUAAAGGCAUAUGCAAGCCUUCCCAGAAAUUCCUUGAAACUCUCUAAACAGUUAAUACGAAGGACGGACAAAGAGAAGCUAAAUGAAGCUAACUCUAAAGAAUGUGCUUGCCUCCAAGAAAUAUGGGCAUCUGAUGAGUGCAUGAAUGCUGUAAUGAACUUUUUCCAGAAGAAAUCAAAACUCUGAUGUCUUGUUAGCAAUGCAAAAUUCCAUUUUAUAAUGCUAGUUUCCUUAUCACAAGAACAACAGUCCUUUAAUUAAUAGUUCAGUUACCUAUCCAGAUUGUGCCUUAAUGCUGACAAGGGUAAUCCACUUAUUAUAUAGAUGACACCAUUACUUUAAUUGCAUGGUUAGUAACGUUGCUGAGUUUUUGGUCUUCCGGAAUUUGGGUGCUUUAUAUUUGGACAUGAAUUUGUGAUGCCAGAAACAUCGCAUAUUUCUUUCCGGGCCAUUAGGUGGGAAAGCUCUCAUGGCUUUGCAAGCUGAGCGGAUCUCUCUAAAUGUGACAACGACCGUUUGUCUUCCGAAAGGAGUCACGGAUUCAAUCUCACCAAAUUUCGCAAGCUCUCGAAGCACUGAUUUCUGGUCAUACUGUGUUGACAUACUCUUUGGUGUCCAUCUGUUGUAGAGGAGGAAAGGUGAUAUUGUGUGUCUUAGAGCAUUUUAAUUAAAAUAUUUUCUUUACAAAUGCUUUACAAUGCUUUAUUUUCUUUACAAAAGAACAAGUGCUGUACAGUUCAACAUGUUCACUGCUGUCAAUAUGUUAUAGAGGGAACUAUAAUGUUAAUUCUGUUAGAAAAUUUGAAUUAAAAUUUUUCUGUAUA